CCCACAGCAGCCUCCCCACUGCCUCGCCCUCCUGCAACACCGCCCCUCGCACCCCCACGGCCCUGCGCUGCCUCAGCCCCCUCUCUGCUCUGCUCUGCUCUUCCCUUCCCUUCUCUUCCCUUCUCUUCUCUUCCCUGCCCUCACAGGGCCCCUCCACACCACACCCAUGGCCUGCUACGACCUCUGCCGCCCCUGCGCACCCACCCCGCUGGCCAACAGCUGCAACCAGCCCUGUGUCACCCAGUGCCAGGACUCCACCGUCCUCAUCCAGCCCUCCCCCGUGCGCGUCACCCUGCCAGGGCCCAUCAUGACCUCCUUCCCCCAGAGCUCCGCCGUCGGAUCCAGCGCAGGGGCUGCCCUGGGCACGGAGCUCAAUGCCCAGGGACAGCCCAUCUCCGCCGCCUUUGGGGCCUUUGGCUACGGCCUCGGCUCUGCCCGUGCCUUUGGCUACGGCCUGGGAGGCCUGGGCUGCUACGGCACCAGGGGCUCCAUCUGCUGA